GGAGUUAUCUCAAGAGCAACCCUGUUCAUAUCCGUUUCGCAACACUGUCAUGUGUUUUCAGUAUUUGCAAAAUGUUUGCAUUUUGCCGGCAAGGCCAAGGUCGCCUAUCUUUCUCGGCCAAAUUCAACUGAUUUGACAGUCUUAGGAGGGAAAUCUUCGGCAUUAAAGACUAACAGGCUGCUAAGCUGCGGGGAGGCUGUGAAAGAUGAGGACAUCCAGGACAAAAGGCGACUCCAAAUGGGGAAACUUGUCAUGCAUCCACAAAAGUGAUUUAGAAAUGGCACUGAAGCGUACGAACUUAAAAUUAUUGGAGCUGUUCCUGCCUGAAAAAACAAAGGCCAACAGUACAGCUCCCACUUCGGAUACGGCCUUCUCUGAAGAGAACUUCACCAGUGACGAGGAGGAGUCGCAGGAGUACAACAACAACCACAUAGAAAACAGGUGCCGCAUAUGCUAUCGGAUGUUGGGGCGAGACUCCAAUGACAAGGACCUCUGCGCCGAUGAAAACAACGUACUGCUCUACUACAUAGAAAUCAUCGCGGGAGUAAGGAUAAAAAAAGAGGAGGGAAUGCCAGAUCGAAUAUGUAGUAAUUGCCAUGAAAGUCUUCAAAGAGCUAUGGAGUUCCGAAGUAAUUGUCUAAAAACGGAUUUUAAACUAAAACAAGCUAAAGGACACAUACUCCGAUAUGAAUCUCACUUAAGCGACGAUGACAUUGAAACGGAACUGGAGAACGUUCUCUACGAAGAAAGCGCUCAAAAGAGCUUCGAGGCGUCUGUUCUAGACGAGUAUUCUGUGUCAGAUGUGGACUUACCGACAGAUGAAGACGAAGAACACAUAGACCGUAAAGAGAAAGCUACUGACGGUUCAACUGAAGGGCAUAAGGAUAGAAUGGGAAUAAGACAACCGAAGCACAAAUGUAGUGAGAUAUCUAGCAUCGUUAAAUGUGAAACAAGAGAGGAAAUCGGUAGCCUGGAAGGAGAAGGUAGUGUGUACAAGGUUGCGCUAAACGAAUGUAAUAAAACCGAGGAAAGUUUGAACACAGCUCCAAAAAUAAAACCACCAAAGUUGACCAUAGAAGAGAUCAACAAGAGAAGACGCGAGAAGCAUAGGACCAAGCCACUCAGCUAUGGUUGCGAUGUAUGCGGACACGCUUUCCGUCUAUCCUGCCACUUGGAGAAGCACAUGCUCCGACACAACAACACCAAGAACUUCCAGUGCCCUGAGUGUCCCAGAAAGUUUUAUGUGUCCUACGAUUGUAAUAUCCACAUAAGAGUUCGUCACCGAGGGGAAAAACCCUUCACCUGCAACCACUGCAGCGAGUCCUUUCCCAGUGGCGGCUUGCGACAAAAACACGAAAGGAAUGUGCAUGGAGCGGGGCCACGAGUCGUUAUGAAUCGCUUUAACAAAGUGCCACCGGAUGGAGAGGUGAAAGAUGGACGCUACUUUUGCAGCGAGUGUCCAAAAAGCUAUACAUCCAGGUUCGCUCUAAAGGUGCACAAGAAUUCCCAUACCGGCGCCAAGCCGUUUAAGUGCAAGGUCUGUCAACAGGCUUUCCGAGGUCCGGGCUUGUUGAAACGCCAUAUGGAAUCCCAUAAAAGACUUCCGUUCCACUGCGAAAUCUGCCUCAAAGGAUUUCUGCUUGAAUGCCAACUCAAGGAUCACAUGCUGGUGCACACGGGAAAGCGCUCUUUUUGGUGCGAGCUGUGUGAUGUGUACUACCGGUACAAGUAUAAUCUAACCAAGCAUGAGAGUAGCAGUUUGCACUUGGGUAACUUGCUCAAACAUUCUGAAGCUGAAUUAAAAGGCUUAUAAAGAGAGGAUGAAUCUCAACUGGAAUCUCAAAACUUAGUAAUUACAUUAAAUGCACAAAGAAAGAGUGCCAAAGACAUAAGUCAUAGAUAAUAUUUUACCACCUUUUGAAAAAUUAUAUAAUAACACAUUCCAAGAUCAGGAAUCUUUCCAUUAAACAUUAUUAAAAAUAAGAAAACAAGGCCAUGUAAUACUUAAUGCUUUUAUUAACGUACUUAUAUUAACAAUAAACAAUGUUGAUUUUACUGUGUUUAUAAAAUAAUAAAUUUUUCACAUUUUUGUGAGUUUAAAAAGGC